UCAGGGAGCCCCUUCUGCACCCGUAUUGGUAGAGUUGGAAGGUGUCCCAGCACGCUGUGCCACGCUGGUGAGCCCCGGCCCUGGCACACUGGCAGCAGCAGUGGGUGCCUCUGCUCGGCUGUGCAGUGGUCCCCCGGGAUCGGUGUCAUGGUAGCACCUGCCAAGCACCGGUGGACUCUGCCCCGUGCGCCCAGCCCUGCCGUACCUGUCCUCGUCCCCCUGGCUGGCUGCCCCCGGCCGCUGUUUGCCCGGGGCGGGGUGCGGUAUUUACCCUCCUGCCGGAGCAGAUCCACGUCUUGGGCCACAGCCGCCCUCGAUCAGUGGCUGCGUUCACUUGGCGAGGGGACACAGUGCCAGUUUUGUCCCGGGGUGAGGACGAUGGCCAGCCCAGAGGACGACCUCAUCGGCAUCCCCUUCCCCGAGCACAGCAGCGAGCUGCUGAGCUGCCUGAACGAGCAACGGCAGCUGGGGCUGCUCUGCGACGUCACCAUCAAGACGCAGGGGCUGGAGUACCGCACCCACCGUGCCGUCCUGGCUGCCUCCAGCCGCUAUUUCAAGAAGCUCUUCGCGGGGCCGGGGCCGGGGCAGGAGGUCUGUGAGCUGGACUUUGUGGGGCCGGAGGCACUGGGUGCGCUGCUGGAGUUCGCAUACACGGCCACGUUGACCAUCAGCAGCGCCAACAUGGGCGAGGUGCUGCGCGCUGCCCGGCUGCUGGAGAUCCCCUGUGUCAUCGCUGCCUGCGUGGAGAUCCUGCAGGGCAGCGGGCUGGAGGCACCCGGCCCCGAUGACGGCGACUGCGAACGCGCCCGCCGCUACCUGGAGGCUUUCUCCACCCUCCCCGAGGGUGAGGUGCCUGCCCCGCCGCCCCCCCGCCCCACCCCGCGCCGCAGCAAGAAGACCCGCAAGUUCCUGCAAGCCCGCGGUGCCCAGCUCAACAACCACGCCGAGGAGCCACCCGCUGAGGCUGAGGGUUCUGGCAGCCCCCCGCCUCCCUCCCAGCUGCCCUCACCCCCUCUGCCCGAGGGGCUGUCCCUGCCCUAUGACAGCUUUGAGCUUCCUGAGGAGGAGGAGCUGCCCCCACACCCCUUCCCCUUCCCCUACCAGCCCCCCUUGUCCCCUGAGGAGGCAGCUUCUGACGACGACGCCAUCGACCCCGACCUGAUGGCGUAUCUGAGCUCUCUGCACCAUGAGUCGCUGGCGCCUGGGCUGGAUAGCCCCGACAAGCUGGUGCGCAAGCGCCGCUCACAGAUGCCCCAGGAGUGCCCCGUCUGCCACAAGGUCAUCCACGGUGCCGGCAAGCUGCCUCGCCACAUGCGCACGCACACGGGCGAGAAGCCCUUUGCCUGCCAGGUCUGCGGGGUCCGAUUCACACGGAACGACAAACUGAAGAUCCACAUGCGGAAGCACACAGGAGAGCGGCCCUACUCCUGCCAGCACUGCAGUGCCCGCUUCCUGCACAGCUACGACCUGAAGAACCACAUGCACCUGCACACAGGCGCCCGGCCCUAUGAGUGCUACCUCUGCCACAAGGCCUUUGCCAAGGACGACCACCUCCAGCGGCACCUGAAGGGCCAGAACUGCCUGGAGGUGCGGACGCGCCGCCGCCGCCGCGAUGAGCCACCCCCGCCGCCCGCGGGGCCCCCGGGCCUCGACCUCUCCAACGGGCGGCUGGAGGGUCUGCGCCUCUCCAUUGCCCGCUACUGGGCUCCAGGGCAGCCCGAGGAGGAGGAAGAGGAGCAGGAGGGCGAGGAAGGGCCGCAGCCAGAUGGCACCGUGCCGGUGGAGAUGGCAUAGGGCCGAUGUGACGGCAGGUGUCGUGCCGUUCCAUGCCAAGCUGUGCUGUGCCCACUGGGUUUCUGUUCCUUUUUUUCCUGUCACGGUUCAUUCCUAGUUAUGCAAAGGGGGAAACUCCCCUCGGCCGAUUUGCACAAGGGGGUGGGGGGCCCCUAUCACCCCCCCCACCGUGCCCGGGCCCACCUGGUCAUGCCCAGGUGGGUGAUGGUGGGAUCGGGACUUGGAUGUCCCCCCACCAAAUCCGUCGUGGAUGCCAGGACCGGGCAGGGGCACCCAUGGACCAAGGCCACCCCCAGGUGGGGAGAGCCCCCCCCAUCCUCUCCAGUGGUGGGGGGGCACUGCCUUACGCUGUGCAUAGCUUGUCCCCACCUCCCCACUCCGAGCAGCCCCCCCCCCGGCGAGCCCCCCUCGCCCCUGCACUCCCGGCUGCUUUCUCUUGGUUGCACUAUUCGGGUGAGCCCACCCGGGUGCGGGGCAGCCCCGGCCCCCCCCGGACCCUUUCCCCUUCCGAAAUCCCCCGGCCCUGUGGGACCCCCCCCCCCUUCCCUGGGGUGGCCAGGCCCCCACGGUCACCCCUCUGUCCUUUGCACAUGCCCCCCGCAGGGCGCAGCCUCCCCGGGGGUGGAGGGGACCGGCACUAUUUGUCUACAAAUAAGAGUUUUAUCUAUAUUUAAAAAGAUGAUGUAAUAUAUUCCCCCCCCCCCCCCCCCCCCCCGCCCCAGCCCCUCCGCUGCCAACCACCAGCGCUGCCCGGCCUCCACGUCUGCCAUGGGGUGCCGGCAGGGGUGAUGGGGCCGGGGGGCCUCUGCUCCCGUCACGGCUUUAAAGUGCCUUAUGGUGAACUUGAACCUUUUCGGCUACUUGAACCUCUCUGGUGUCAGGAACCAAACAAACCAUGGGCGGGCGGCCCCCGCCCCGCCGGGCCGCCUCUGCCUGUCUGUAUGUCUGUGUUUGUUUUUUUUUUUUUUUAAACGAAGGCUGCUUGGUAAUAAACGGAGAAGCAGGGA